AUGACUUCAGACAAUGAUCUAAGGAUUCUGCUCCUGGGUAAAACUGGAGCAGGAAAAAGUGCAUCAGGAAACACAGUCCUGGGCAGGAGUGUAUUUAAAGAGACCUGUAAAAUAUGUGAGAAACAGGAAAGUGAUGUGGAUGGGCAGAAUAUUGUUGUAUUUGACACUCCAGGACUAUUCAAUGCAUCUAUCUCAACAGAGCAAGUGAAUGCUGAAAUAAAGAAAUGUGUAAAUAUGUUUGCUCCUCAUAUCUUCCUGCUGGUGAUCAAACUGGGAGUGGGAUUCACAGAAGAAGAGAGAAAAGCAGUGCAAUGGAUUCAAGAGAACUUUGGAGAAGAGGCUUUGCUUCGUACCAUCAUUCUAUUCACUCACACUGAUAUGCUGAAGGGUAAAACUUUGGAGAUGUACAUCAAAGAAAGUCACUUUUUACCGAAAAUUGUUGAUAGUUGUGGUGGCAGAUAUCAUUCAUUAAACAAUAAAGAAAGAAACAAUCGACAGCAGGUUACACAACUUCUGCAAAAGAUGAAUGCAUUGAGGCGGCAACAUGAAAUUAAGCAUUACACACCUGAUAUGUUUAAGAAACAUCAAACAGAAAUUACAGGAAAAGACAGAAUAAAGCUGACAAAGUUUUCAAAUACAUUGUGUGCUAUUGUAUUGAUUGGAGUUUUAUUACUAGGAAUAUGGCAUUUGAGAAUUGAGCUCAAACAGAAGGAGGAGCAGCUGCAAAAGAAAGAGCAGGAGAUUAAUAAACUAACAACAGAGCUCCAACAGAAGGAGGAGCAGCUGCAAAAGAAAGACCAGGAGAAUCAGAGACUGACAACAGAGCUCCAACAGAAGGAGGAGCAGCUGCAAAAGAAAGACCAGGAGAUUAAUAAACUAACAACAGAGCUCAAACAGAAGGAGGAGCAGCUGCAAAAGAAAGACCAGGAGAAUCAGAGACUGACAACAGAGCUCCAACAGGAGGAGGAGCAGCUGCAAAACCAAGUGCAGGAUAUUAAUAAACUGACAACAGAGCUCAAACAGAAGGAGGAGCAGCUGCAAAACCAAGUGCAGGAUAUUAAUAAACUGAUAACUGAGCUAAAACAGAAGGAGGAGCAGCUGAAAAAUAAAGAGCAGAAGAUUAAUAAACUGACAACUGAGCUAAAACAGAAGGAGGAGCAGCUGCAAAAGCAGAAGAAUAAUAAACUGACAACAGAGCUCAAACAGAAGGAGGAGAAGCUGGAAAAGAAAGAGCAGGAGAUUAAUAAACUGACAAUUGAGCUCCAACAGAAUGAGGAGCACCUGCAAAACCAAGUGCAGGAUAUUAAUAAACUGACAACAGAGCUCCAACAGAAGGAGGAGCAGCUGCAAAACCAAGUGCAGGAUAUUAAUAAACUGAUAACUGAGCUAAAACAGAAGGAGGAGCAGCUGAAAAAUAAAGAUCAGGAGAUUAAUAAACUGACAACUGAGCUAAAACAGAAGGAGGAGCAGCUGCAAAAGCAGGAGAAUAAUACACUGACAACAGAGCUCAAACAGAAGGAGGAGAAGCUGGAAAAGAUAGAGCAGGAGAUUAAUAAACUGACAACAGAGUUCAAACAGAAGGAGGAGAAGCUGGAAAAGAAAGAGCAGGAGAUUAAUAAACUGACAACAGAGUUCAAACAGAAGGAGGAGCAGCUGAAAAAGAAAGACCAGGAGAAUCAGAGACUGACAACAGAGCUCAAACAAAAAGGAGGAGCAGCUGCAAAAGAAAGAGCAGGAGAAAAGGAGGAGCAGCUGCAAAAGAAAGACCAGGAGAUUAAUAAACUAACAACAGAGCUCAAACAGAAGGAGGAGCAGCUGCAAAAGAAAGACCAGGAGAAUCAGAGACUGACAACAGAGCUCAAACAGAAGGAGGAGCAGCUGCAAAAGAAAGACCAGGAGAUUAAUAAACUAACAACAGAGCUCCAACAGGAGGAGGAGCAGCUGCAAAACCAAGUGCAGGAUAUUAAUAAACUGACAACAGAGCUCCAACAGAAGGAGGAGCAGCUGCAAAACCAAGAGGAGAAGCUGGAAAAGAAAGAGCAGGAGAUUAAUAAACUGACAAUUGAGCUCCAACAGAAGGAGGAGCAGCUGCAAAACCAAGUGCAGGAUAUUAAUAAACUGACAACAGAGCUCCAACAGAAGGAGGAGCAGCUGCAAAACCAAGUGCAGGAUAUUAAUAAACUGAUAACUGAGCUAAAACAGAAGGAGGAGCAGCUGAAAAAUAAAGAUCAGGAGAUUAAUAAACUGACAACUGAGCUAAAACAGAAGGAGGAGCAGCUGCAAAAGCAGGAGAAUAAUACACUGACAACAGAGCUCAAACAGAAGGAGAAGCUGGAAAAGAUAGAGCAGGAGAUUAAUAAACUGACAACAGAGUUCAAACAGAAGGAGGAGAAGCUGGAAAAGAAAGAGCAGGAGAUUAAUAAACUGACAACAGAGUUCAAACAGAAGGAGGAGCAGCUGAAAAAGAAAGACCAGGAGAAUCAGAGACUGACAACAGAGCUCAAACAAAAAGGAGGAGCAGCUGCAAAAGAAAGAGCAGGAGAAUAA